AUGGGCAGCACCACCACGACGCCGGCCGCCACUGCCAACGCGGACACCUUCCUGGAGCUCAUCAAGGCCCGGCGCAGCGUGUACCCGCUCAACAAGGACCUCCCGAUCGCGACCAGCCGCGUGCAGACCAUCGUGGCCGAGGCGCUGCAGCACAUCCCCAGCAGCUUCAACUCGCAGUCGAACCGGGCCGUCGUGCUGUUCGGCGCCGAGCACGACAGGCUCUGGGACAUCACCAGCGACGUGCUGAAGGCGAUCGUGCCCGCCGACCAGUGGGAGGCGACGGCCCAGAGGAUGGCCAUGUUCAAGGGCGCCGCCGGCACCGUGCUCUUCUUCGAGGACCAGACCGUCGUGGAGGACAUGCAGGCGCGGUUUCCGCUGUAUGCUGAUCGGUUCCCUUCCUGGGCAGGCCACAGCUCUGCCAUGCUCCAGUUCGCGGUAUGGACGGCGCUCGAAGCAGAGGGUCUCGGCGCCAACCUGCAGCACUACAACCCGCUGAUCGACGUCAAGGUCGCCGAGGCAUGGAAGCUGCCCGCGACCUGGAAGCUGAUUGCGCAGAUGCCCUUUGGCGGCAGGACGGUUGCUGAGGCCCGUGAGAAGACGUUCCUCCCGCUGGAGGAGAAGUUCAAGGUCUUUGGUGCUUAA